AUGCCCCCGCGCCGUAGACCUCCUCCGGCGGGGGCCCGAACCGACCUUCCGCCGCUGAAAAUCGUCCGCAAGAUCUUUGUUCUCCAGGCUGCCUAUUAUGUUUCCGCGGCGGCCUUGAUCCUGUUCACCACCCUGGUCUACGGUACGGCGUUUUCGUUGGACCUAGUCCUCGGCUGGGAUGCAAUCAGAGGAGAUACGACGUUAGGGUGGAUGCUGGGCUUGGUGUGGAUGCUGAAUAGUCUUUUAUGUGUCAUGUUCCUUCUCCUCCUUGUCUCCCGCUCGAAGCUCAUUCCCGACUUCGCCCUUACGAUUCACUUCCUCCAUCUCCUCACGACCUCUUUAUAUACCCGCUCAAUUCCCUCCAAUUGGCUCUGGUGGGGUUUACAGUGCGGCAGCGCCGCUCUAAUGACCUUCCUCGGUGUCUGGGCUUGCCAAUGGCGGGAGCUUCGACCUAUUAGCUUUGGCAGCCUUACAGUUAGUGGUAACGCGACACAAACUUCGAAUGCCGUAUUUCCGUCUCGGGUUGAGGAACACAGCGAGCCGUUCCUUUCUGGUCGGAGUCGUGGCCGGGGACGCAACGUCGACGGUGGCGAGUAUGAAAUGACCGACAUAAAGGGAGACCAAGCUGUAUAG